AUGGACCAAAAUACGAACCCCGCCAUCUCGCGGCGCUACUAUGAUAUCGCCAUUGAACUUCUUAAGCCCACUUUACUUCGCGACUGGAACAUCUCUAAAGUCCAGGCAUUACUCCUCGGCGCACGCCACCUGCAGUGCUCCAACAGCCCCGACGAAUGCUGGAACGUUCUCGGGCUCGCGAUCCGCAUUGCGCAUGGGCUAGAGCUACAUCGUGCAUCGCCACAAGACCAAAAGUGUAUUGAGAAUGAGGUCAGGACGAGGGUGUGGUGGGCUUGUUUCACGCUUGACAAGUUACUGAGUAUGAUUUACGGGAGGCCAGCUGUGACGAGUAGUGUGGACUUUACGUUUCCCCUGCCCGAGGAUCUUGAUGAUGAGUUUAUUUUUGCGGAUAGGGUUUUGUAUCCGACUCCAAAGAGGGUGAGCGGGAUGAGAUUUAACAUCGAAGUGGUAAAAUUGUAUAAGAUUUUAGAGAUUGCAACGCGCUCUGUGGAUUUCGAGACUACAGUCGGCUGCGGCGAGGCUCUGGCGCAGAGUGUGCUAGUCCUUGACGAGCGCUUUCAGAGAUGGUAUGCGGAUGUGCCGCGAGAGUUGAAGCUUGAAGAGAACGAAGAUGAGGCAGCCGAGAAGCCGCUGAUCUUAGCGUUGCGGGCGAAUAUGGUUCGGAUCUUGAUCCAUAGGCCGUCACUUGCGCUGAGCUUGAGAGCGCUGAGCGGGACUGUGGAUCACAGGAGGGCAGAUGAGGGGGUAAAGAGUAGUAUUUUGCAGCAUAGUCGGGGCAUUUGUGUUAGUACUGCUAUGGAGACUGUUAAUCUUAUUGGAAGGAGGCAUGAGCAGACGAGGAGGAAGAGUGGAACUAGUUGGUUUAAUUUGUAUUAUUUAUUCAACGCAACCUUAAUCCUCGUCUCGCACGUUGUCGACACCGCCUACAGCAACGCCUGCAGCAACGCCCUCCCAUGCCUCGCCCAACUCGAUACCGCCCUCACCAUGAUAAAAGCUAUGUCGUCGAACCACACCUUCGCGCAGAAAGCGUAUUCCUUUCUGCAACAACUCCUCAGCUGCAUGGACAAAAGCCUUCCUACGACCACGAUGCGUUGGGAUGGGGCAACGGCCACCUGCGCUCCAACGACUCAGAGCGCCAUUUAUGACAGUAGGAACGGAAUAGAUGGCAUAGGCCUUGCGAGGAACUUGGAUGAGAUGGGGAGGAUGAUACCGGAUGAGGAGCUUUUUGCCGGCUUGUCUGAUUUCACCCAGGAUUUAAACGAGAUGUACGCGGACCUUGGGAGCGAGAUGUCGGCGUGGUUUGAUGAGCAGGGACCGGCGCUUUAUAGGACUGUUGAAUAGGAUCUAUGCUUAAUAAGAUUGGAGUAGCAGAGAUAGUAGUGUAUAAGUACAGGGAG